AUGUUAACAAGGCGUAUAUUAUUUUCAAGACAUUUUCAUUUGCCAAUUUUAUGUAAAAGAAAUAUAUUAAUAAAAAAUGAUAUACCACAAUUUAUAAAAAGAGUAUAUUUUAAUUCCAUGCAAAAUAAUAACAAUGAUAAAGAUGAUAAAGUUAAAAAUUUUAAUAUUGAAAAUAAUAAAAAUGAAGAAUAUGUUCAUAAUAAUGAAAAUUGUGAUAAUAUAAAGAGCUCAUUCUUUAAUGAUAUCCUAAAAAAGCAUGAUAAAAAAAAUCCUCAUGUCAUCCCAAAUUUUAUCAUUGAUUAUUUCAAUGAAGCAAGUAGUACUGAUAAAAAAAAAAUAUAUAUAAACGAAUAUAAAAAAGUACUACUUGAAUAUAUACAAUAUAAGAAGGAAGUUUCAAAAGAUGGUUGUAAUAAUGAUCAGAUAAAAUUUGUAGAUAUAUUUUCUAUGCUAUAUUUUUGUUAUAUGGAAAGAAUAUACGAUUUGGACUUUUUGACAGAACUGAGUAAACAAUUUGAUAAUAUAUAUAAAAGUAAAGAUACCAAAGAUUUAUUAAAUAAUGUAAAUAUAAAAUAUUUCAUGAUGAUGUUUUAUUAUUUUUCUUUUUUAAAAGUGGAAAAUGGAACAUUAGAUAAUAUCUUAAGAAAUUUUAUAAUAAAUAAUGAAGAGGUAGAACCAAUAAUAAUUUAUAAAUAUUUUGAAUGUCUUAGUUUACUUAGUGAUAUACAUGAUAAUAAUAAAAUUGUUCCUAUUAUAGAAAUAUUUAUAGAAAAUUUUUAUAAUUUUAAUAAUUACUUUUUAUUAAAUAUAUUAAAAUUCUUAUAUGAAAUUAAUUUUUUUGAUAAGAAUAUCUUUUCUCUUUUAACCAGAAAAAUAAACAAAAAUGUUUAUGAACAAAAUGCAAAUCUUUUUGAAGUAUGUAUGUUAUCACGUAUAUAUGCUUUAUAUAAAAAUGAAAAUAUAACAUUUAAUAAUUAUUUGCUUGAUGAUUUAAUGCAAACAAUUACUAGGCAUGAAGACAAUUUUCAGAAUGACGCAUUACAUGAAGAAGAGGAUAACGAACAUGACAAAAAAGGUGACACACAAAAAAAAAUUUCUAAUAUGAAACAAAUAGAUAACAAUAAUGAGGAUGAUAUAGAACAAAAUGAUAAUGCUAAUUCUAUAAAUGUUAAUAGUCAUAAUGAUAUUAAUGAUAAUGACAUAAUACAUAAUUUAUAUAUAAACGAAAUUGAAAAUAUAAAUAGAGAUAAUUAUAUGCUAUUUAAAAAUAGCAUAUAUAAUGAUGGAUUAAAUUUUUAUUCUUUCUUUUUAAAUUCAAAAUCAACAAAUAAAAAUAUAUUCAAAAAUAAAGAAAAUAUCUUUAUUGAAAUUAAUAAUGAUAAAACAAAAUCAACACCUAAAACUUUAUAUAUGUCACAGUGGGAUAAAUUAUUUUUUUAUGAAGAUUAUAAAACGAAAGAUAUAAAAAAUGAACCAUUUGUUAACAUCCACAAUAAUAAUAAGGAAAAUAUACAUAUUGAUAAAUAUAUUAAUAUGUAUAAUAAUUUUAUAAGAGAAAAUUUGUAUUAUGAAUUUAACUAUCAAAAAAUGAUUGAGGUAUUUAAAAAUAUAUGUAGUCAUUUGGAUAAUACAAAAAUUGAAAUAUACAUAAAUAAAAAGGAUAAUAUUUUAUUAUUUAAUAAUAAUAAGAUAUGUCGAUAUAGAAAGAAACUCUUAUUUAUAGAUAAUUAUUAUAUUGGUCAUAUAUUCUAUAUAAUUGAUUCUAUGUUAUCAUUAAAUAUGCAUCAUAAUUCUUCAGAUUUUAAUAAAUUACAAAAUAAGGUUCUUAAUUUAAUAAAAAAUAAUGAAACAUAUAUAAUUCAAAAUUUUGAUAGUAAAGAAAUUAAAAGUGUAUUAAUAUUUUUAGCACAAACAGAUAGAUGUUAUAAGGAAUCAUUUAUAUAUUCUAUUACUCAUAGGAUUAUUGACUUAUAUAUAAAUAAAUUAUGCGAUGCAAAAACAUUAUCUAUAUAUUUGUAUAAUCUUUUAGCAUUUACAAAACAAACAGUUGUUAAAAAAAAUAGAUUUAAUCAUACUAUUAGAAAUGUUGUAUACAAUAGUUAUCUAUGGUUAAAUAAUAAUAAACACCUAUCUAAUGAACAAGAUCAAAAUAAAAAAAAUAUAUUUUAUAAUAAUAUAAAAGUUAAAAAUUAUACACUUUUGCAAAUUUUAUCUAUAUAUGUUUGUAAAAAUGUAUACUUUAUUAGCUUACCAAUAUUGACAUCCCUAUUAAGAUCAUUUUCUUAUUUAUCAUUUAAUGAUAUUAAUUUUUAUAAUGUAUUUAUACCCUUAUUCAUGAAACAUAUUACGUAUUUAAAAAAUGUGGAUAUUCUGAACAUAACACAAGCAUAUAAUCGACAGAAAAUUAAAAAUAAAUACUUUUAUUAUUUGUUAUCAAAACAAUACCAAAAUGCUAAUUCUAAAGACACCAAAAAAUCGAAUGUUCAAGUUAAGUUAAUUGGAUAG